AUGUAUCUGGAUGUGAUGGUCGAAGGAGAAAGAGUGCUGAUGGACAUUGAUUUCAAGAUGAAAUUCGAGAUUGCUCCUCCCACCAAGAUAUCAGUGACACUUUCCUACGUUUUUGUGGGAAAGGUGGAUUGGCUGAAGAGGAUUGUGGCUGUUUUUUCUAAAGCUGCAAAGAAAAUCUUGAAGAAGAAAGGGCUUCUGUUUAGAUGCUGGCAUGCAAAGUACGUGUUAGCCAAAUGGUUGCCUCCUUAUGUUUGUGCUAAUCAAGGAGAAACCAGAGACCAUGAUGUUAAUGCUUAG